GUGAUUUCUUGCCUGCAGCAGUCGUUUUUCGGCUUUCUGGUGCACCGUGUGUAAUCGUUCAGUUGUAUACUGUAUACACUCUUGUGCGUGUGCCCCAUAUAGUUGGAAGGAAAUAUAAUAUCGUUCGGACGUUGUUCCCUACCAGUGAAGAUCGGCAUUAUUGUUAUAUUCCAUCUGCAACAAUUAAUAUUUCGUUGUGUGUCAUUUGUUCAUCCAACAGUGAAACGGCAACGAAAACGAUACAAGUGCGUCUGUGCGUCCGCAGUGUGCGCACUAAUAAAUCGGUUACUAUAUAUACAGCUGAAUAGAGAAGAAAAUGUAGAAGCAGGUAGAAGUAGCGCCUAAAGCGACAGCGCACGAACAUCAUAAUCGCAAAAUCAUGCGUACAUAGGCCAACUGCAGAGGAGCGGGUUCGAGGAAGCGCUUAUGGACUCUUGAUUGCGUUCCAGCACUAAUGACCACUGCUGCCGCUGCUACUGCUUGCUACGUCGAAGACCUGCACCAAAAGUUACAGUGAUAGUACGUGCGCCCGUUGAUCGUGUACACUCGAUAGCCGUGCCAAAAUAGCUCCAUCUUCGCGCGUUCGGUGGGAAAUAAUCAGAGGUGGAAAGCUGGCUCCGGUAAGGUGACGAUUUUGGAGGGAUAAAAAUGGACGGCGAGGAGCGACACAGAUCGGGACCCAUGGCUUCCCUCAACAACUUGUUCUCUUUCACCAGUCCGGCCGUGAAGAAGCUCCUAGGCUGGAAGCAAGGCGACGAGGACGAGAAAUGGGCGGAGAAGGCGGUCGAGUCCCUGGUGAAGAAGCUGAAAAAGAAGAAAGGCGCGGUCGAGGAGCUGGAGCGGGCGGUCAGCAACCCGGGCCUGCCCAGCAAGUGCAUAACGAUACCCCGCAGCCUCGACGGCAGGUUGCAGGUGUCCCACCGCAAGGGCCUGCCCCACGUGAUCUACUGCCGAGUCUGGCGCUGGCCGGACCUCCAGUCGCACCACGAGCUCAAGCCCCUCGACGUCUGCCAGUACCCGUUCUCGGCCAAACAGAAAGAGGUCUGCAUCAACCCGUAUCACUACAAGCGCGUCGAGAGUCCCGUGCUACCCCCGGUCCUGGUGCCGAGGCACUCGGAGUUCGCGCCCGGUAGACUACCGAUGACCUUCCAGCAGCACAGCGAGACCACAAUGCCCCAGAACAUGUCGUACUACUCGAACGACUUCAACGCGGGCCUGAACGGCACGGCGGAGCCGGGUGGACAGUCGCCCGUGUCCGCGUACAGCGGCUCCUCGGCCGUCUCGAGCCCGAUAAACGCGGCCGCCGGCAACGGCCACCACAAUCCCUACGCCCAGAGCAACAACGGCCUUUCCGAGACACCACCGCCCGCGUACUCGCCCUCGGAGGACGGCUCCCAAUACGGCCAGUCGCCCUCCCCCAACUCCAUGAUGUCGAUGGACGUGAGUAGUCCCCAAGACGUGGCCCCCGUGCCCUACCAGGAGCCAACCUGUUGGGCCUCGAUAGCCUACUACGAGCUGAAUUGCCGCGUGGGCGAGGUCUUCCACUGCCAGUCGCCCUCGGUCAUAGUCGACGGCUUCACCGAUCCCCGCAACAACUCGGCGAGGUUCUGUCUCGGCCAGUUGUCCAACGUCAACAGGAACUCGACCAUCGAGAACACGAGGCGCCACAUCGGCAAGGGCGUGCAGCUCCACUACGUCGGUGGCUCGUUGUUCGCCGAGUGCAACUCCGACUCGGCUAUCUUCGUCCAGUCGAGGAACUGCAAUUACCAGAGGAACUUCCAUCUCAGCACCGUGAUCAAGAUACCGCCCACCUGCUCGCUCAAGGUCUUCGACAACAAGCUCUUUGCCGAUCUGCUGGGCCAGAGCGUCUGCCAUGGCUUUGAGACCACCUACGAGCUCACCAAAAUGUGCACCAUCAGAAUGUCGUUCGUCAAGGGCUGGGGUGCCGAGUACCACCGCCAAGACGUCACCUCGACGCCUUGCUGGAUCGAGAUGCACUUGAAUGGCCCACUCCAGUGGCUUGAUAAUGUCCUUACCCAGAUGGGCACGCCACACAAUGCCAUUAGCUCGGUGUCAUAAUUGAUAUACAAAAAAUGCAGUUGGAGAGCGUGUACAGGGAAAACGUCGUUUUCAGGUGGAACGAAUUUAAGCUGUGCAAUAUUCGUCGAACGAGCUUAUUAUUAUUACUGUGCCGAAAUAUAAAAAUGAACUGACUUUAAAUAAGAAAACAAGACUUGAAAGAAAAUGACACAACGAUUUCAACAUCAACUCGAUGAACGUGUAUGUCAUUCUAUCAUUGCACUGCAAAUAAUAAUGUAUAUUUAAAACUUUUUAGAUCAUAAGUAUACGAAAAAAAUGCCCUUUGAAUAAUAACAAUAACUAUCGUACAAUUUAUUAGUGGACUUUUAAAGACAACCACGGCUAUUAUAGGUAGCGUAGAGUGUUUACUGAGAAAUAUUAUUAAAAAAAAAAAUAUCAUUACACCCAAUAGAAAUGACGGCAAUACAUACGCUGGUAAUGCUUAAAUUUGCGUAUCUCAAUAUAUACGUAUAUACAGUAAGUUAUCGUACUUUUUUUUAGAGAAAUCCUUAUUAAACGUAUCUCAUGAAAUUGAUUCCUCGCGUCAAUAAAUUCGUUUGAGUAUACACGAUGUUUUUAGACAUAUUAAAUGAGAGAUUACAUCGUGAACUUGUACAGGAACAUGUAUAUUAAAACUGUGUUCAUACUAUGUGUCUUCCAUGGUAAUACCGACAAUAAAAAUGGUACGAUGUAUGUAUGUACAUGUAUAUUUUUUAUAAAUGCAUGAAAAUAAUGCAUCUACAAUCGCAGAGUUACGAUGAAAGUAGCGUGUCAACGAUGUACUUUAAUUUUUUUUAAUACUUAAAAUGAUUUACU